AUGGACGACGCGGCCUUCGUUGCAACCCCCGCACUGUCCAUGCCCAAACGAGCGAGGCAUGCGUCCAUGUCGUCUGCGGCAGGCCGCUCUGCCAGGCAGGGCUCUCCCAGUGAUCCUUCCAGAGCACGUGCCGAGCGUCGUGUUCGCCCAGGGGCAACUGUGCACACGGCUCGACGCGAUCAGGCGCCCACGCUUCCACUGGCGUCACCAUUGAAACCAGAACAAGGCACCCGCGAAGCGUUGGAGCUUCUCUACGAGAGUGCAAAGACUGAAGAAAAGGCAGGGCGAGUAACCAACGCUCUUGGCAUGUAUGAGUCCCUGGUGCAAUUGGACACUUCGAAUGGGAGGGCAUGGGUUCGUUACGCGACAGUUCUGCAGCGCGGUGGGGAGACUAAUCGCGCUAGGGAAGUGCUCAGACGCGCGCUCAAGGCGAACCCUACCAAUGCGAUUCUUUGGCAGACUUGGGCAGAUUUGGAAAAGGGGCUUGGUAAUUUUGUCACAGCGAGAAGGCUCUUUGCCAAAGUUGCGGAAGCGAAUCCUGAUUUGCCCUCUCUUUAUCAUUCGUGGGGGUCGAUGGAAUACAAAUGCGGGAACGUGGAGGAAGCUAGGCGAUUGUACAGGCAGGGGCUGAGGGUAUGUCCGACAGCGACUAGGUUAUAUCACUCCCUUGGUGUCCUCGAAGACAAACGCGGUAACUCUGAUGCAGCAAGAAUUAUUCUAACAAAGGGGCUCAAAGUUGAGCCUGACAAUCCAUAUCUGCACCAUGCGUUGGGCGUUUUUGAGUAUAGAAGGGGUAAGGUGUCUGCUGCACGUGAGUGUUUCACGAGAGCGACUCGAGUGGACCCACGACAUACGCUCUCGUGGCUUUCUUUUGGCCAACUUGAGGAAUUUGAAGGAAAUCGGGACAUGGCGAGGAAGUACUACGCAAAAGGCACUUCUAUAACAGGUCGAAGUGCGGUUCAGCUUUGGCAAGCAUGGGCACGCAUGGAGGAAAAAUCAGGAAACUUGCACGGCGCAAUCAGCUUAUACAGAAGGGCUGCCACGGCUUAUCCGGAUGAUCCCAUGCUAUAUUGUUCGUGGGGGAAGCUUGUGGAGAGCCGUGGCGAGAUUUCUGCUGCAAGGACUUUAUUCGCGAAAGGACUUGAAGCUGACCCAACGCGAGCUUAUCUAUGGCAGGCACUUGCACUUCUUGAACAAAGACAAUUCAACCCGGAGGUUUCGCGACAGCUUUUUGACGAAGGGUCAAAGGCGAGCAAAGGAAAAGAAAGGGCGGCACUAUUUCAUGCCUGGGCAGCGAUGGAAUGGGAAAGCGAGAGGGAAGAAAAAGCACGAGAACUCUUUGGAGAGGCCGUGAAAGUUGACGAUAAGUGCUCGUGGUUGUGGCUCUGGUUUGCACGCUUUGAAAUAGCACAUAACAACAUAUCCGUUGCCAGACAUUACAUAUCGCGCAGUAUUAACCUUGACCCCAAGGACAGCUCCCCUUGGCGGGCCUGGGCGGAGCUGGAGCGCUCAGUAGGAGAUGAGGAACAAGCUCGUUUUAUGUUUCGGAGGGCAGCCGAGCUCGAAUCCAGUAGAGAACUUUUUGAAAUGGACCCAGAGAGUCCGCUCCGACGCCCAUGGCGAAAGUUAUAG